ACAACCAGUGUUUCCUUUUUUCAAUGAAUCGUUCCAGUGAAAUUCUGGUGUAUGUGCGGGCGCAUGCGUUAAAGUUGUAGCUGGGUGUUCGGCGUAAUGCGGCGUCUGCGAUUGUCUCUUGGGGUUUCACACGUUUGUAUUCUGUUUCUGUUUACUGUGUGCUGGGGAAGUAGCUCAGCAGAUGCACACUGGAAAAAAUUCCUUGUUCAAAUUGAUGAGGCAGAGAAGAACUACAGCCCAUGUGUGAAAGAUAACUGUGAGUGCUAUCAAAGAGUUAGGGAACAAGACUUGGCUCCUUUUCAAGAUGGAAUCUCUGAGAAGUUGCUGUCAGAAGCAAUCAGUCAAAAGCUUGGGACACACUAUCAGAUCAUUGAAAAGAAGUUGUACCGGGAGCAUGAUUGCAUGUUCCCUGCAAGAUGUAGUGGGGUUGAGCACUUCAUCCUGGAAAUUAUUCAGAACCUUCCUGAUAUGGAGAUGGUCAUCAAUGUGCGGGACUACCCUCAGGUGCCCAAAUUUAUGAAACCAAGAGUGCCUGUUUUAUCUUUUAGCAAGACUACAGAAUACUAUGAUAUUAUGUACCCUGCCUGGACAUUUUGGGAAGGGGGACCAGCUGUUUGGCCAAUAUAUCCUACAGGCCUUGGGCGUUGGGAUCUAAUGAGAGAAAAGCUACAAAGCUCAGCAGAAAAAUGGCCCUGGAAGAAGAAAAUUUCCAAAGCCUAUUUUCGAGGAUCCAGGACAAGUGCAGAACGGGAUCCCCUCAUUCUUCUUUCUCGAGGGAAUCCAGAUCUUGUUGAUGCAGAGUACACUAAGAACCAAGCUUGGAAAUCUGAAAAAGAUACUCUUGGGAGACCACCUGCAACAGAAGUUCCACUGGUAGACCAUUGUAGAUUCAAAUACCUCUUCAAUUUUCGAGGAGUUGCAGCCAGUUUUCGCUUCAAACACCUUUUCCUGUGUGGUUCUUUGGUCUUUCAUGUUGGAGAAGACUGGCAAGAAUUCUUCUAUCCACAACUGAAACCCUGGGUUCACUAUAUCCCUGUUCAGUCCGAUCUUUCUAAUGUGAGAGAGCUAUUGGAAUUUGUAAGAGAAAAUGAUGAUAUUGCUCAAAAAAUUUCUGACAGGGGUCGCCAGUUCAUCAUGGACCACUUGCAAAUGGAGGACAUCACUUGUUACUGGGAACAACUUCUAAAGGAGUAUUUUAAAGCCUUGACUUACAAAGUAAAACGGAAGAGCAACUAUAAUGAGAUACUGCCCAGACCUUUGAAAACUGAACUGUAAAAACCCCCCACCUCCAAUCAGGGUUUAUGGACAUUUUGAAAUCCGGAAGGGAGGAUUGUUCCUCUAACCAGUGGAAGUUCUUUCUGCGUGUUGACAAACUAAAGAGAGAAUAUUGUUGCUACUUACUGCAGUAUAUGAAAUGAUAAUGGCAGACUGUGAAUUUUAUUUUAUAUUGUGGUCAGUAAAAUUAUGUUAAGAAGAGGGUGGAAAUUUUGCUGAGUCCUAGCAUUUUUAAAAAUUUCUUGAUAAUUGUUAUUCAUAUUUAUGUCAACUCGCAAAGCAUCCCUGGUCUGCUCUCGAGUUGCCAUAGGAAAGGGGGGAUGGGAAACUGAUUGCAUAGCAGCCAUAGACAGAUGCACAUUCCAGACUUCUCUCUCUCAAAGCUGUAUCCCAGGGUUACUUACAGCAACUAAAGAGGAGUGAGCUCUCCAUUGCUGAAUAUGAUUGAUGACAUGCCCUGGGGGGAGGGGGGAAACAGGGUCAUGAUUGGCGCCAUAAAUUACGUGGGGUCAGAGUUGGCUUCACCAACAUAAAGCUCCUAAUAAAUAACUGGAUUUCUUUUGAAGCUUGGCUCAAGGCUCAUGAUUUAAUUAGGUUAUCCGUUGGAACCCUGACAAUCUACUUACUCAACACAGUGUCAUAUUGACCCUACUAUGUGGCUUAUAAUUGCUAAAGGAAUCAUUAAUCUAUUAAUGAAAUCAUCCUGAAUUGUUGUGAAACAUUGAAUUCCAUUUGAUUAAUAUACCAAUACAUUCCUGAUACAGUUUAAUUCAUUGGGAAGCCCACCAUUCUAAAAUCAGCUACUGAACAUUUCUGGAAAGCUUGUAAUCAAAUACAGGUAGCCCUCGACUUAAAACAGUUCGUUUACCGACCGUUCAACAGCACUGAAAAAAGUUAUUUAUGACCAUUUUUCACAUUACAACCAUUGCAGCAUCUCCAUGGUCACAUGAUCAAAAUUCAGAUGCUUAGCAACUGAUUUAAUGACAGUUGUAGUGUCCCAUGGUCACGUGAUCACCUUUUGAGACUUUCUGCUAAGCAAAGUCAAUGGGGAAGCCAGAUUCACUUAGCAACCAUGCUACUAAUUUAACAAUGUAGGGGGGUUCAUUUAACAACUGUAGCAAGAAAGGUCAUAUAAUGGGGCAAAACUCACUUAACAACUGUUUCGCAUAGCAACAAAAAAUUUGGAUUCAAUUGUGGUCAUAAAUCAAGGAUUAACUGUAAUUCUUAUUAUUUUAUUAUUUAUUUUAUUUUAUUUUAUUAAAUUUCUAUACCGCCCUUUUCCCGAAGGACUCAGGGCGGUGUACAGCCAGAAUAAAAACACAGAAUAUAUACAAUUAAAAGAAUUUAAAAUGAACUAUUACUAUACGGCCGAUAAUUAAAACAUUUAAAAGUUUAAAAUUUAAAAUUUAAAACAUUAAAAUAUUAUUAAAAUAUUAUUAAAACCCCAAUUUAAAAUCAACUAUUUAUGCCAGUCCUGCUUGAAUGAAUAAAUAUGUUUUAAGCUCACGACGAAAGGUCCGAAGAUCAGGCAACUCUUUUGUCCAGCUCUGGAGGGCUGGCCCACUAGCUGUAUUUAAACAAUUUGUAAUAAGUCAUAGGUUUCUCUUCAUACAUACUAUUUAAUCAAUUACUGCUUUAAUUUAAUAAUUAGUGAGCAGUAUAUUAGUCAGUAGGAAUACUUUACUUGUAAUACCAGAUGUAAAAUACAGCGUCUUUUGCAAAAAAAAAUAAAAAAAAAAUCCUGAAAUAAGGAUAGUGGCUUGGGCUGUACUUGUCUUCACAUUCACUCUUCUCCAUAUUAAUGGUUGCUGUUAUGUAUUGAUGUCUUGUAACUUUAAAUAUUUGGGCGGGAAACAAGCACGUUGCUGAUUGGUUGAAGCCGCCAGUUGAACUGUAUAUAAGGAGAG